AUGGAUGAGUCUGUACUCUCAAAGUGCCAGUCUAAGAAGCUGGCUAAACGUGAAAAGAAGAUGGCUAAAUUUGAAGCCAAACAAGAAAAACGUUCUUCAGAUGCCUCAAAGAAUCAGAAGUCGUCAAAAAAAGACAAAUUGAAGAAAGAGCAAGUUGUUCUGAAUGCAGUGACAGACGCAUCUGGCAAAAAAGAUAUGACUGGUGAAAUGCCCGAAUCCUACUCCCCCAAAUAUGUUGAGGCCACGUGGUACGAAUGGUGGGAGCGUAGUGGACUUUUCAAACCAGAAUUUCAGAUUGAAAGCCAAGACAAAUUCGUUAUGGUUAUACCUCCCCCAAACGUCACUGGAGUCUUGCAUUUGGGCCACGCUUUGACAAACAGCAUUGAAGAUGCCAUUACACGAUGGCACAGAAUGAAUGGAAAAGUUACAUUGUGGGUUCCUGGAUGUGACCACGCUGGUAUUGCCACUCAGGUAGUGGUAGAAAAAAAGUUGUGGCGAGAGAAAAAUCUCACUCGACAUGAUAUUGGACGUGAUGAAUUUGUGAAAGAAGUUUGGAAAUGGAAAGAAGAAAAGGGUGAUCGCAUUUAUCAACAACUUAGAGCUUUGGGAAGUUCUUGUGAUUGGUCUCGAGCUAGAUUCACUAUGGAUCCAUCUAUGUGUAAAGCUGUUACAGAGGCUUUUAUUCGUUUAUACGAUGAUGGUUUAAUUUAUCGAAGCCUUCGAUUAGUCAAUUGGUCUUGUACUUUACGUUCAGCCAUAUCAGAUAUCGAGGUAGAUAAACAAGAACUUUCUGGACGUACUUUACUUCGUGUUCCUGGCUAUAAUAAACCUGUAGCAUUCGGAGUUAUCGUAUCGUUUGCCUACCCUCUUCUACCUGAUCCUAGUGAUACAGGCGUUGCUGUACAUCCUGACGAUGAUCGUUAUCGACAUUUAAUUGGUCGUCUAAUCAAGCAUCCACUUAUUCCAGAUAGAUUAAUUCCAAUCGUUGGUGAUACAUUUGUUGAUCCGAACUUUGGAACUGGUGCUGUAAAAAUAACACCUGCUCAUGAUUAUAAUGAUUGGGAAAUUGGGAAAAGGCAUUCACUUCCGACUAUAGUAGUAAUUGGUGAAGAUGGUUUGAUGACAUCUGCUUCAGGUCCCAGAUUUGCAGGACUUCAAAGAUUUGUUGCUCGAGAUGCCGUUCGGAAAGCUCUCGAUGAAUUAGGCUUGUAUAGAGGUGAAAAAGAUAAUCCUAUGGUUGUGCCGAUAUGUUCUCGAAGCAAAGAUAUUGUUGAACCAUUGUUGAAACCGCAAUGGUACCUACGUUGUCAGGAUAUGGCUAAUGCGGCAAUGAAGGAGGUAUCUGAAGGUCGCUUACGUAUUAUUCCUAGUUUCCAUAUUCGUACAUGGAAUAAUUGGCUUAAAGAUUGUCAUGAUUGGUGUAUUUCCCGACAAUUAUGGUGGGGGCAUCGUAUUCCUGCUUAUCAUGUUUCGAUUCGACGUCCUGGCGUAGAUAAUUUAGAAGUUUUAGAUCCUACAGAUCAUAAUUCAUGGGUAGUUGGUCAUACAAUUGAAGAAGCACUUCAAAAAGCCUGUGAUAAAUUCCAUUGUUCACCAGAUAACUUAACUUUAAACCAAGAUAAUGAUGUAUUAGAUACAUGGUUCUCUUCACAAUUAUUUCCAUUCUCUGUAUUUGGUUGGCCUGAACAAACACCAGAUUUAAAAGCUUAUUAUCCGGUAGUUUAUUAG